GUUGCAGAGGUACUUCGGCCACUUGGGGCAGCACCUACAGGACUUGGUGCAGACGUCGGAGUUCAGGCGACGGCUGCUGAACUCUCGGUUGUCUCGACCGGGAGAGCCGUGAUGGCGACCAUGGAGGAGAUCGUGGCGCAGAUCCAGACGUUGCGGCAGGAGCUGCAGGAGAGCCGAAGGAGAGAAGAGGACCUGAAUACCAGACUCCAGGCAGUGCAAGCUUCAGGAGCGGUUCAGGCAACUUUGGAGGAGAUGGUGAACACGCAGAAGGCCAUCUUGGAAGCAUCUAAGAAGCCUGACAGGAAAUUGACUUUGGUAGACAACCGUGGGUUGGCAAAACCAAACAACUACGAUGGAAGUGCGGAUUUCUUGCAGUGGAAGAUCCGACUUGAAGCGUUUGUGGAGUCAGUCCAUGACGACUUUGGGAAAGCUAUGGCUUGGGCGGAAGAUGAAACCGAUCCAAUCAGCACCUCUUCAAUGUCAGCCGAGUUUGGAGACGUCAAUCCUGCUCAGGAGACAAUUCCAGACUUGGAAGCCAAGGAUGCGCAGCUUUACGCAGUCCUUCAGACGCUCUGCGAGAAGGAAGCGUUCACGCUGGUUAGAAGCUCAGGGAAAGGAAAGGGCUUAGAGGCUUGGAGGAGACUUUGCAAGAGGUAUGGCCCGUCGACAGGAGGACGCCGACGAGCGUUGCUCCGUAGCGUGCUCAGUCCUAACCGUUGUGGCAAGGUGGAAGAGUUGAGCGCAGCGGUCGAAAUCUGGGAAGACCAGGAGGUACGCAAAGAGUUGUCGACCUACUUGGAAACGAGGAUCGGGCUGAAGCUCAAGGCAGGUUCGUACGUUGACACCGGAGGAGUCCAGCCAAUGGACAUUGGAGCCUUCGGUAACGACAAAGCCAAGAAGGUGGAGGAAAAGCUUCUUCGCAGGGAAAGUCUGGUAAGCAAGGAAAAGGGCAGAAAGGCGGUCAGCAGUCCAACUCAGGUGGAAAGAAAGGAUCUCCGAAAGGAUCGAAAGGAGGAAGCAAAGGAGGCUGAGAAGGAACCAGAAGCUGAGGAGCAGGCCGGGUCUUGGGAUGCCAGUGGAUGGGAAGGUCAUGAUGAAUCCGGUUGGAACAACUGGACUGAAGGACUUGCUGAAAGCUUGGUUGCAGCACUAAGGAACCUCCCUCGUGGCACAGAUGCCGGGUUGCGAGACUCUGGAACUGGUUCUUCCGGAGAUCGCUCGGUCGACAUGAUGAUGAGGUUGAUCGACGAGAACUACAGGCUGCGUGACCAACUGAGGGCCCAAGGUGACCAGGAGCAGAGAAGCUCAGAACGUGACAGGAGCCGUCGAAGACGUUCCUCACCCCAAAGGGAACCAGAGCCCGAAGAAAGAUCCCGUGAUAGGUCAAGGCGCAAGCGGCAUGACUCAAGGCCGAAGCGCAAUCGUGAUGAUGGCCGACAUGGGAGACGCAGGGCCAGAAGUGAAAGCAGCGGCAGGAACAGGGAGUUGGUUGACAGAACGGCCACUCCGAAGAAUGCCGCAAGGCGCAAGAGCGAGACUCCAGCGGCCAGUGACAGAACAGUCAGCCGAACCCCAAGGGGUAGCGUUGGCGACUACUUGAAGAGUAAGGCCGACGCCAGAAGGGCUGGUGAAGCAAGAUCUUCGACUGCCUCGGUUGGAGACUUGCCGCCCGGCAUGAGGACGCCCAGGAGUCCUCCCGGGCCACCUCCGCACAAGCGGAAGAAGCUCGAGAUCAAGCCAGAGAAGAAGAACGAGGUCGAGCCGGAGGAGCGCACCGACGCCAAGAACACGAAGCCCAAAAGUGAAGGGGCGCCAGCUAUCAAGGCGAAGCCAAAGCCCAAGACGAACUCAGGGCUCACCAGCGGUUCACUCUCGGUGCUUCGUGGCACACUUGCCACGCAGCUGAUGCUGGAUGCCGAGAAGACCAAUGACCCCGAGUUGAAGAAGGAACUUGAGCGCCAGAAGAACGAGCUACAGCAGCGUGCACCAAGAAGGUCAGUGGCGAUCACGGCGGACAACCUCAAUGACCAGUCAUUCCAUGAUUCCAGGUACUAUGCGGAUGUUGCGUCAGGCAAGGCGCACCACAUCGCUUGGAAGAAUGAGAAGGGCCGCCGUCGAGCCAUCUUGGACCGUAAAGAUGGUGUCAUUGACCGCGCCAGGGAGCGUAUGCGCCUGGAUGCGGAAUGGCAUGAAGAGCACGCUCAGCUGAACUCAGGUUCCAAGAAGCAAGAUGUGGAAGGUCUUAGGGCCGAUGUGGAGACCGAGAUCAUCGACGAGAGGGAGCGCGACAAGGAUAAGCCCCUGGAACCUCAGAAGGAAGCUGUGGCUUUGAGCCGCCGGGAGAAGGAAUCCUUCCGGCAGUUUCCCAAGGACGAGCAAGAGACCUUGGAUAAGCCCACAAAGAGGAAGGAACAAGGGCCGAGAAUCAGAGGGCCCGACUACUACCGUCGGAAGAAUGCCGCCCGACGUGAAAGACAGAAGGCCGAGAAGGCCGAGCAACGAGCAAAGGAGAAGGAAGGUCGAGACCGUGACCGACGACACGGAUGGGAUCCGGAAGAAGAUGAAGACGAUGGUGGUGGUGACACUGAGAGUAACAGCAACUACCUCAGUUCGCUCUUGGCUCCUCUGGGUGGAUCGCCUGGAGAGCCACACGUGGUGGAAGAGCGUGAUGGAUGGAGGAAGAUUGAAGUGAAUCUGGACACGGGAGCCGCCGCGACGGCGAUCCCGACAGACUUGAACCUGGAUGGACAUGCCAGGACCCCACCACAGAACGUCAACUACAAGACGGCGUCAGCAGAGUGCCUUGCUGACGAAGGUGGUGUAGUGCUCAAGGGCACAGAUGUCUACGGAAGUGCCAAGGUGUUGGAAGGGCGUGUGACAGGAGUCCACCGCACUUUGGCGUCAGGCGCAAAGGUUGCGCGACAUCACUAUAUGGCGCUGGGAGCACAUGGAGGUCAACUCAUUCCCAGGAACUCCCAGGCUGGAAAGGAAUAUGCAGCCUUCAUGGAGAAGCUGCACAAGAAGCACAAUUGCAUGCUCUUUUCACGGGCCUCCCGAACGGGUGUAAGUCCGGAGCUGCAGCCACUGGACGAUGAAGGUGCUCCAGCCGCGUCGGCAGGAGACCUUGGUGGCGAUGAGGCCGCAGAAGACGGCCACCAGUCUUCAGAAGAGAUUGGAGAAGAGCAGAGGCAGGUGAUCGUGAAGCGGUCCCCCGCAGAAAAGAGUGACGCUGAUGGCAUUUUGCCUUGCUUGGUUGUGAAGUGUCACAAAACUGGGCGCUAUUGGGCAAACGUAGUUCCGUCAAAGGGUGCAGAAUUGUUCGCAGUUGAAUGGUUGAAGUCUUGCCUCAAUGAAACAGGUUUCAAAGAACUAUGCCUGAAGAGCGACAACGAGCCGGCGAUCAUGGCUUUGAAGAAUAAAGUGAAGGAGGAAAGCAGGUUAAAGAUUCAUCUUGCUGAGGCGCCGGUGGAGGAUCACCAGGCGAACGGCUUCAUUGAGGUCGCAGUAAGAGAAGUGAAGAGACAGGUCAGGGCGAUGCUGUCUGACCUUCAGGAAAGGCUUGGGUUCGAGGUGGAACCGAGUCACCCAUGUAUGAUGUGGCUGCCACGCCAUGCAGCCUACCUCCUCACCAGGUUCCGGAUUGGACCGGAUGGAAAGACACCGUAUGAACGGACCUUCGGAAGAAGCUGGAGGAUACCGUUGGUAAGUUUUGGGGAGCAUAUCUUGUUCAGGCCAAGACCCCCAAGAGACGGACGACGUCAUGAUCUCGCACCAAGAGUGUCCAUGGGAAUGUUCGUGGGCACAGGACUGCGCAACAACGACAUCUUCGUCAUGACGGCAAAGGGAAUUGUCAAAGGAAAUACAAUCACUCGAAGACCUCCUGAAGACCAGUUCAAGUACGAGAAUUGGAGUGAACUCCGGGGUGUUCCUUGGAGACUCCAAUCGCGUGAGGCUGGCGAGGUUCGAGUUGACUUGCCAGUGGUUGUCGGGCCGUUGAGCCGACCACCAGCUGAAGAAGUGAUUCCACGGAAUCUUUAUGUGACGAAGAGCGACAUCGAGAAGUACGGUCGGACCCCGUUGUGUCCGGGAUGUGAAGCGCAGUUGCUUGAGACAGGGCGCAGGGCCCACAAUGCCGAGUGCAGGUUCAGAAUCGAAGGCGAGCUCAUGAAGUCCGAAGAAGGGAAGAAAAGGAUUGAAGCAGCAAAGGCAAGAAUAGAAUCAGGGCGUCGCCCCAAAGCUCCUAGAGUCGGAGGAGGGGCAGACGAAUCAGAGGUUGUGGAAGCUGCCAACGUUCCUGCGUUGGUAGGCAUUCCAGAGCCUGAUGCCGAAAUGGCCUCGGGAGAAGCUGUUGGAGAACCAUUGGAACGAGUCGCACCCCGCGAGCUUGAGGAACGAGAAGAAGAGCCAAGAAGCCCAAAGAAGCACAAGUCCGGCGCCAGUCGGACAAAGAGAAGCCCAGAAGCAGAUGUUGAGGAGUUGCAUCAACAGAUGCAAGAAGAAGCUCCAGCAGGAGGAGCAGCUGAGUCGGGACCAAUUCCGGCUGCCGGGAGCAAUGACCCCCGGCCACACAUGCCGCCAGUCGCACCUCCAGAUGCUUCACCAGGAGGAGACGACAUGGUAGACAUCGGACAUCUGUCCAUGUGUCUUUGUUCAGUUUUGAGGGAAGCCCGGAAGAAAGGCAAUGUGCAGAAGACUGUUUCAGAAAUCUUCUCACCCCCAAGAGUUUCAGCGCAAGCUCAAUUGGUCGGUUUGCGACCCGGAUUCGCAAUCGAUCUUGAAACAAAGAGAGAGGAUGGAGAUCAUUGGGAUCUCAGCAAGGAUUCACACAUUGAAGACCUUUUUACGCUUUUGGACAAAGAGAAACCCAAACUUUUAGGUGGUUCACCGCCAUGUGGACCAUUCUCGCAACUUCAGAACCUUGUUGACGCCAGGAACCAAGUCCCCGCGUCAGUUAGGUCAAAGAGACUUCAAGAAGGUAAGAAGCACCUGAGAACCUCAGUGCGUGCUUACCGCGCACAGACGAUCUUGCUCAAGGAUUUAGGCAUGGAGACGUGCAAGCCAGUCAAGAGCCCAAACGAAAAGCUAACUGCAGAAGCGCUAGCCAAAAGGUUAGAACUGGAUGUGGUUGAUCCACACAGGAUCAGUCAAUAUCGUUCGCUCACUAUGCGAGCAGCGUUCUUAGCCCAAGACCGUCCUGAUUUGUCAGAGACAGUCAAGUGCCUCGCACGAAAGAUGCAAGGACCCACCGAAGCUGAUUUCGGUGACCUGAAGCGUCUAGCUAGGUAUUUGAAGGGCAAUAUGCGAAUGGUGCAGAAGUUCACUCCGCAGAAGUUCAGCAAUGUUGUGUCAGUUCAUGCCGACUCGGACUUCGCAGGCUGUCUUCUCACUCGGAAGAGUACUACAGGAGAAAGCGAAUACUAUGCCUUGGUCAAGGCAGAGAAGUUGGCCGAGCGAUCGUUCGAGCUGAUCAAGAUCGACACCAAGCUGAAUACCGCCGACAUCUGUACCAAAGCAUUGGCAAGCGAAGCUGCAGAACGACAUCUGAAGGCAAUGGGUUUCGAAGUAGUUCAAG